AUGGAUGCUGGAAAAAAAAUGAUACCACACGAAGAACGGACAUGCGAUGAACUGUUGAAAACACUGGAAUGCCCGUUCACCUGGAACAUGAGUUGCAUUGUUGAUUUCUGGGAAGUAGUUCACGAAGACAAUUGUGAUGAAAGUGAGAGCCACAGCCACCCAUUGAUCGUACUGAUGAACAACGUAUUGUGUAUGUACGUGACUGCAUCGAAAAACGGCGAAACUCAACGGAUAUCGGAGUAUUUUGACAAGUAUUUAGAAAACUGCAAGGUGCACCUUGACAAGUUUCAAGAAUUGAAUGAGCCGGAAAUUUCAGAAAAUUGGGAAAAUGAAAAAGCUUUAGUUUUGUAUGAAGAUGUAAUAAACAAUAUUUCUGACAUGAAUGAUUCAGUUUUGUUAAAACUUGCGUUAGGAUUCACACAGUUAGGAAGUUUCGAAAAGGCAAAAUUAUGUCUUGAUAAAGUUGGAGAUAAAUGGCGCAAAAAAAGCAUGUACAUGCAUUAUUACGGGAAUUAUUACAUGAAGACCAAAAAAUUUAAGGAAGCUAAAGACUGUUUUGAAAAAGCCGUUGAGAAAUCACAUAAUUUAUCUGCUGAAAGACAAUACGUACAAUGUUUGAUUAAAUUAAAUAAGAAGUUUGACGUUACCUCCUAUUUGUCAAAAAUGCUGCAUAAAUACGAACAUUUUACAAAACAUAAACUGCAGCCUAUUUUCUUAGAUUUGGCCUUUUGCUUCUGGAUCAAAGAAAACGACAUGAAUAAAGCACUUGAUUAUUUUUAUCAAACAUUAAACAUAAAUCCUCAAUCUUUAUGCCUAACCAAUUACUCGCUCCAGUCUUUGAUGUUGGGAUCAAAUAGUAUAAAAGUUUAUGAAAAACUGAAGAAUGAUUUUUUACCUAGAAUUAAUUUUCGACGUAAGAAAUUCAGUGCAGAAGAAAUUGAAAAAAUAGAUCGUAUUGCAGAGUACUGCAAUGAAUAUGCUGCAGAUACACAUGUCAGAACCAACUCACGAAAAUCUCCCGGUCACGUUGUCGAGGAAGAGGUAAGGAUAUUGAUGGAAUCGAAAGAUGAGUUCAAAAACCAACUGACGGAGGUUAGUCUCGUGGUACCCAAACUGUCAGAAGCUAUUUUCCAUUUGAGGACUGAAAUUUCUGAGGUAAUCGAAACGCAUGCAAACAAACUAGAACAGUCAGCCGGUAACCUCAAGGAUUUGGUUAGAACAGAGCUAGAAGCUUUCAGCGAAGACCACGCCGGGAAAACCGAUUACGCUCUCGAGCUGUUAGGUGGCACGGUUUUGACGGUUAGAGAUACUCAGACUUACGACGCCGGUGCACCACAACUCAAGAUUUUCGGCAUGGCCAUUUGUGCGCAGCAGAAUACGCCACGAGCGAUUAUACAGGCAAAUACGCUGCCGGGAGAGUGCUGGGCCAUUAAGGGUGACAAAGGCGUUGCGGUGAUUCAGCUCAUAGGGCCAGUGCGCGUUUCUGGAUUCAGCCUUGAGCACAUAUCGGCGACGAUCGCGCCAACCGGGGAAACUAGCACAGCUCCAAAGGAUUUUUCAGUAUGGGGAUUGAACGAUAUCGACGAUACAAAUGGAUUUUUGUUUGGUGAAUACAGAUACGAUAAUUCUGGAGUGCGAGUUCAGUACUUUCAAGCAAAGAACGAACCUAACAAAUCUUAUGAAAUCGUCGAACUAAAAAUACACUCGAAUAGUGGUAAUACCAAAUAUACGUGUAUUUAUAGAUUUAGAGUUCAUGGUACUCUUACAUCCCAACAACGAGGUAUAAGUUGA